ACAAUUCGGUUGUUUGAAGGUUAGAAUAUCAGAAAAUUACAGGAAAUAAAACAUGUCUUUGAAAAAGUACCGAUCUUUCAUCAUUUGUUUGGUUGGCGCAUGAUUACAAAUUUAAUGUUAAUAGGCCGUGAUGUCCAUGAAGCCGUGUAAAGUGAUAAUUUUGAUGACACGUUGGUUUUAUUUUGUAAUUGUGAGUGAUCGUUAAGUGAUCAGAAAGAUCGGACAGUGGGAUGUUAUAAAAAAGUGAUGUUUUAUUUAGAUUAGAAAGUCAAUCGUACUCUACAAUAAGGAAAUCUAAGGUAAAAUACUCCUUUUAUUUCGUUCACUGAAGAAAACAUGGCGGACACAGUUUUGUAAAAGAGCGGUGAACGUGUGAUUCGUGUAACAUAGUUUAACGGCGUUUUCUUAGAAAACUAACGCUCAGCUCAUUUACACUGACAUAUCCUUGAUUGAAGAAUAUAUAUAUUGUAUAUAUAUGAGAGACUUACGGUACCAAAUACUUACCCCGAAAAUUUCUAUGCAUUUUCUUCUAGUGCACUGUUGGGACAUGUUUUUGAGUGUCAUUGAUACUUUAUAAUUUAUUCGGAGAUACAUUUUCUUAUAAUUAUUAGUUUCUUUUUGAUCCCCGUGUAUUUCUCGCGUUGUUACGACAAUCUCAGUUUUACAUACGAAUUUUGCAUUGUCGAAAUAGCAUAGUCCUUAAUGAAGGACAGAGAAAAAGGUAAAAAUGUAAUCUGAUAGAUUGAGCUUGCACUAUGUGAAAAGAACUCAGUUUAUCACUCAGGCGUUAUUAAACGAAAGUGGUUACCAUGGAAAUAAAGACACAAAUCAUUGUAGCUGUUUUCACAGGUCUAGCUGGAAUUCUUCUUGGAAUCUUUAUGGUUGUAUUUGCCGUAUGCUACAGGCGCAGAAGUCUUAGCGCCAACUAUGGACAUGUCAAUUACCGCAAACAAGAAGCAGACGAUAGAGUUAGCAUGCAUUUCGGACAAGGUCAUAGACGAAAUUAUAAAAAACACUCGUCGUCUAGCAUUGACAGAAUCUCCCAACAAUAUGAAAGGGAAAACCUUAAUGAAAUAGAAUUGAGGCCUAAUUUACAUCAGGCAAAAUGGAAUAAAAGGUCGAAAAGGGCGAGUAGUUCCGAUAAACGCAAAACUUUCAAUAACGAAAAUGACAAUGGAACUAAAGUAGAUUUCAGAGCAGAGAGGCUUGACUUACACAUUCCACGUCCGCAUACGUGGUCCGAGGAGUACCACAAAGAACUGACAACACCAUAUUCUAAUACAAGGCGCCAUUCAAAUGUUGAAAUUCAAAUGCGCCACAUCCCAAGGCCAAUCGUGCGGCCGUACAAAAGUGAACUGUUUGAAGAUAAUGAAAGUACAUACGACUAUAUCCACCUAGCGGACCAUCAAACAGGCGACAUGGCCAGUCACAGAAGUUCAUGCAAAAUUGACUUUUAUUGACAAUGAACCAUUAUUGUAAGGUUUCCUCCUUAAACUGGGACCUGAAAUGUUCUCUACACAUAGCAUGUUUAAUCUCAAUAGGCAACUCUGUUGUUAACUUUAUCUGAACACUGGUAAUGUUUGAUCUAAAUUUUGAAGCUUGAUCGGCACAUAUUGUGACCAUUUUUCAAAUAUAAAACAAAUGCUCGGAUACCUGCAAUGUGUCGGGAGAUGUCGAACCUCUAAUGGGUGAUUAAGAUGUAGUGAUCAAAAAAGGUGCAACGUGUGAGACAGUAUAUGUGCAUUAAUUCGUGCAGGGUAUUCAUAUCAAAACUUAUAACACAUACUCCGCCCUCCAUGCUGGUCUGUGUAGGGUAACUGGGUAUAUAUCUUACAAUCUGGAAUAAGUUGUUACCUUGACUUCUUACCUAUAAACGAUCCACAUGAUACCUGAAUUCUCUGAUUAUUGAUCAGAACAGUUUUCAGCCCCAAGACCACUGUACAUUGACCAAACAGAUUUCUGUAGGCAAUAACAUUAUAAAGUUUGACAGCUAAAGUGUUUCAUAUACCUUGUAUCAAAAUUGUUCAUGUAUAAUUUGACUGUAAUUUCAAAUGUAAACCAGGUUAUCAUACAAAAUAGUUUAUCUAAAGUGAUGUUAUCACUAUAAACGGCUGUAUUGUUUUAUCAAGUGAUAAACUGUCUGAAUGAUAAAGGGUAAACUUUAAAGUCAUUUUCAAAAGAUGAACAUAAUACAGGUGUUUCAUUUUAUCUUGAACAAACCAAAUAUAGGUUAGAUAUUAGCACAGAAUGAGAAAUUAUAUCUAAAAACCUAAACCAGUAACUGAUGUUGACACCUGUGGACCUUGCAGUCAAUUUCCUUAUUACAAUAUGGUUUAUAACUAAAAGAAGCCAAGCAUAUUUACUCAGGGCAAUUGGCAGAGUUACUACCGAAGGUUUUGUUUUUGUCAUAGAUUGCUUAAUCAUUCUUUAUAAAUAACAUAUUAAGUAACUUUGCCAAACCUAGGAGUAGGUGAACAAUUAAAACUUUAACACAUUGUAUUUGUAUUUAAACAUCCUGAUACUUAAAUAAAACUUUUUAUUUCA